AGCUACCCACCCACUCAAGAAUGUCAGCAAUCUAGCCUGGAUACAACCCAGCCUGUAGUUUUGUUUGGUUCUGGCUACGGCAGAAGUGAUUUCGAAGAUUCCGUGUUUAUUUAUACAUGUACACCAGAGUUUGCUUUUGCUUUUAUUGAAUUUGAAUGCAAGUUAGUACUUACACGCACCACGAUAAGCAAAACAGAAUGGAGUUUGACGUGCUUGCUCUUGCAGCAGUCCCAGCGGGCACAAGGAGGUGGGCAUCUGUGUGGUCUUGAUCUACGUGAUAGCAAACCGACGCUGUGGUUCUCGUCGUUCUUCUUGACAUCAGCAUUUCUUCUCCCGCACACGAAGAAUACUCCGCCACACAAGUACAAGUAGAUCGACGAAAGAAAAUCAACAUCAUGCUGAACACCUCGAAGCUGAACAUUUCCUUUACCAACUUCCAGGCGGUUCGUUGCCAGCAGCACUGCGGCCAGCUCGUUCUCGCCUGCGAUUUGGAUGAGCAUUACAAGCUCAAAUGUACCCACCGACAUGUGGAGUGUCCGAACUUGUGCGGGUGGACGGGCAAGGCGAAGGAUUUGCCGGACCACAUUGGCAACGGGGAAGUAGAACUACAAGAAAGUGGAAAUGAUCAAUGCCGGUUGCACAGCCUGAUCAACGAACUCCGGGAUUUGCUCGCCACCGAGCCCGAGACGCCGUUUCCGAUUCAACAGCUGUUGGCGAAGAUAAACGAGACGAGAAUCCAGCUUCGAGAGGACUUCCUCGCGAAUAGUCUGUACAAGGAGCCCAAUACAUCGAAAGGAAAAAAAUCAUCAAGCAGCUACAAAAACAGCAAAGUGUCCCUCUCCACGACCCAGACGCUCCACAAAACGCAAAAACUCCCCUUUUACGACGUGGGCGAAGCUUCGCCCACGAGCAGGCGCGCGGACGUGCAGGAACUGCGGUCGCUACUGGAAAAGACGCAAAAGUACACUUCGACGGAAAAGCAGGCCUUCGACACGGUGGCCCGGCUGGCGGCGAUCUCGAAAGAGAAGGCGGAACACGUUCUGGCGCUGCUGAUAUGACACCCUCAGAAUGGAAAUCCUCAAAGUGGAAAUACAAAUAAUAUAAAUAUUGUGAUGCAUGAAAUGCGACACCAAAAAGAAUGUAUUGUGGAGAACGCAAUGGAGGCCGACUAUUGUGCUUUUAUGGGUUCAGAAUUGGGCUGCUGAUUAGCAUGAGAGAAGGGCACCCCUUUGCCUAACUAGCAUGACAGACACGUUUUGAGUGCCCGGGAAAUUUGUCAUGCGCCGGCUAUAAAUGGUGCUCCAACUGGAGUCGUUUUUUUGCAUUGCAAAUUAUUUUCACUUUGAGGAUUUCCAACCUGAGGCUUUCAUAACUGACCACGCGCGCGUCCGCGGACAACUUCGCGGACACGCUGAAGGACCGGAUGGAGAUGUGCUGGCGGGUGUGGUAUCAAAUGCAAGUAUGUCUGGGUCUGGAAACUUGUGAUGCAAAUCUACGAAAUGUGGCCGCAUUGGCAUUAGAUUACAAUAUGCAGCGCAGCAUGACAAGUUCAAGUUUUUGCGCUGCUGUGUGUUUCGUUUUUCGCAGGACAAACUGCGUUUUUGCAUGACAGGCAAGAGGCCCCUUUCCUGCUCAUGCGUCACAGAUCUCAGACUCAUGCCAGACAAGCAUGACAAACUUGCAUUCUACUUCCAGACCCAGACAUAUUUGCAGUGCAUAUGUGGACCCAGUACGACAUUUGCUGCAAGCUGUAUUCCGACCGGGACACGCUGCGGCCCAGCGAGGAAAUUCUGCUGAAAUUCGCGGUAUUACAAUGAAAAAUGCCCCCACCCCCGAACUUGGGAGAAUUUGUAUUGCACACCUUUCCAAAUGAAACAUUCGCCCUCUUGCAUCGCAUCAGCAUCACAGAUUUCCGAUCGUGAAUAGCAAAAAUUUGCAUUGCAAAAGAUCCCAGCAAGAGCGGCGCUUGUCAUGCAAGCGAUGCGACAUACACGUAGACUCUGCAUCAGAAAGGUUAAGUCUCAUUCUCAUACUCCUUUCAUGCAUGACAAAAAGUUUUCAUUAUAUAUUUGGAAACUUAGCAUCACAAAUUUUUGCAACCUUGGGGGUGGGGGCAUUUUUCCUCGCGAUACGCGGACUUCGAGCUCUCCACGGGCUUGGCGAGGAAAGACGUGCCGCGGAUCGCGCGGGCGAUUGAAUUCAUCCAGAAGAACUACCAGUACAUCCCGGACGACCCGUUAACACGGGACCAGAAGCAGGACACCCUGCGCGGGUUGACCUCCAUUCUGCACGAAAAGAAGAUUCUCCAGUUGAAGCAGUAUCCGACCUUUCACAAGUGGUUUUUGGACCUUUGCGGGGAACCCUACAGCGAGCAGAUGGUGGAACGGGUCAAAGAGUGCUUGGAAAAGGUGCUGUGCAACCCGAACUUGGGGGACCCCGCGACCAAAGUCACACCGUUGAUAGCACUGUGUCGGAGAGGGUAAGUACACUAUAUUCUUGUUUUUCACGUAGAGGUAGAUUUGUUCGUUCUCACGUUGAGUUUCGUUUUUCAUUCGCGACGCGCGUGCGUGGUUGCGUUGUUCACUUGCAGAAAGCAAAACCAGACGGGAGUACUAAAGAAACUUCAAAAAACACAUAAAAGAUAUUCCGACCUCGUCGAGGAGCUGCUUUACGUAGAUUCUGACGCCACCUUCGCCGCUAUGGACGGGAAGACCGCGCUCCACGUGGUGUGCGAGAAGCGGGACCAGAAGUGCCUCGCUCGCUUUUGCGCGACCACGAAAUACAAGGAGCGCAACAUCGCCCACUUGGUUGAUAAACGAGACAAAGGCGGGAGGACGCCCUUGAUGUUGCUCUGCAGACACGUGGUGGACGAGAAGUUUCUCUCGGUUCUCGAGAUGGUUGUCGAGUCCGGGUGCCGUCCGAUGCAGAAGCAGGGCGACGAUAAAAAUUCCGUGCACCAGCAAGUCGCGGGAGCAGCGCCGGAACAACUACCCAGCAGUCCUGCUAAAACUGCCGAGCAGCAAUCUGCCGACGGAGGUGGAGCAGAUGUUGACCAAGAUGGGACGAAAAAUGAAAAGGAGGAAGAAGAAGUUUUCCAGUACACGCCGGACGAGAUUCUUUCGCCUAAGGACAAGGAGGGAAAAACGGUUCUGCACCACCUCCUUCUGGGCAACAUCGGGCUCAGCGGCGAAAUGAAGUGCAAGGACGAAGCGAGCUUGCGCAGCACGAUCAACUACAUGCUUCACAACGGCUAUGGAUGUGUCAGGUUUGAAAUCGUCAAAGUUGAAAUAGUUUGUCAUGCGUAAAACGGAUACCAGUUAGACCUACAGUCUGUAGUCGGUGCAUGACAAAUUUUCCCGGUCCUGGAAAAGAGUCUGUCAUGCGGUUUAGGGCAAAAGAGCUGCCUUCUGUCAUGCUAGUUAGCAGUCCAACUUUUUACCUUUACCAGGACUAUAAUCUGCCUCCCGUGGGUCCUCUGCAAUAGAGUCAGUUUUUGUAUCGCAUUUUAUGCAUUACAAAUUAUUUCAACUUUGACGAUUUCAAACCUGACGCUUCCAUAACGGCAUCCACGCCACGCGCUCCCGGGACGUGCACCGACAAAACCCCGUCAUCCUGGCUUGCAAACAGCGGUACCCGGCUAUGGGGUUCUCAAACGUCAUUCUCAGCUGUUGCAUGGAUCUGUCAUGCAAAUUUGCUAUGAGUAAGUAUCUAAUCUACAUGAUCAAGCUGCUUCGCAUGGCAGGUUCGCGACUCGCUAAAUAGCAUUAGAAUCUACACCAAACCUGUAAUGCAACAGGCGCAAGCAGCUUUCCCUUUUCAAUUCUGCCACUCUUGCAUGACAAAUUUAUGUAACAGUUGAGAAUGCAACAUUUGAGAACUCCAUACCGGCCGCGGUGAUCCAAACCAUCCUAGAAACCAUCUCCGAGCCCGAAAUCGCGGCAAAGAACCUGGUCGAGAACAGCGCGGGCAUCCCGGAAGUCGAUGUGGAGCAGUUUGUCGACGAGGAGACGGGGUUAGUAGACGGGGACUUGGUUGAGAAAGCCGAGGAGGAUCGCGUCUUGCAGCAAAUCGACGCGGACAAGCACGACCUGCUACAGAAGGACGACACGGGAAAGAAUCCCGUCGAGUGGAUACGGCACUGGGCGAAGUUGAGUGCCUGGAGAAAGUGGGGCGACACGGUGGAGGAGCUGCUGAUGGAGCACGGACACCCGAAGGAAUGGGACAUUGACUUGAGAAGACUGGGAAUACCAAACAACGCAGUCACGUUCAAGGAUCCGAAGUAAAAAUCUACUUGCUUUUGCUUUUGAUCUAGUUUAUCAGCUAAGGAAUUUCAAUUUUGGUGCUCGUCAUGCUUUAGUUUUGGCAUGGAUGCAGUUGCAGAUGAAAUGAAAGUGCACUAUUGCUGACUGUCCCCGUGGUCACGCACACAGCAAGCGUGCCAUGGGUCUUGUUCUUUGUUCAUCGGAAUGAAUGUAGAUGGUGCAAGAAAACUUCAUUAUCUAUCACUAUCAGGUUCCACGUGGUUCUGGAUUACGAAGAGGUUCGCAACCAGCAAAUUGUCGACAUGCUCGACCCGCUCGAGGGCAUGCCCUACGUGGAGCCCUCGGAACACCCAGAGUCGGAAAUGGGCGAAACGAACAAGGAGGACGAUCCGGAAGACGCGCCGGAGGUACCGUUUUCCCCGAAGUCGCAGCCGGGGUCCCCGAAAAGUCCGAAGAAUGCGUUUGUACCCGAUCCAGACGAAAUUGUGGUGAUGCUGUAG